GGUCUGAACUGAGGGUCCCGUUGGUCUGAACGGGGACGUCCCACGGCCCCUCCACAGCCCUGGGCUCCCGUCGGAAGCAGCGGGACCUGACCCCGCCUCGGUCGGUGCUCAACGGCUUGUGUCUGUUACUCCUGCAGCAGCAGCAGCCCCGGCGGGUGACCAUGUCCGUAGACCGGAGGCGGCCUCCAUGCCGAGCGUUGCAGUCAUCGGUACUUACCGGUGUGCACUGAUGCCUGGUAGCUCUCGGGCCCACGGUCCCCUAUGAAUCCAUCGCUGCCACGUUCUGCUUUGCCCCAGCAAAGUAACCCAAGCCUUGAGAACAGCACCAUUGAGAAACAGAGGCAAGAGCUGCAGCUCUUAAUUGCAGAACUGAAAGACCGUGAUAAGGAACUCAAUGACAUGGUUGCAGUGCAUCAGAGACAGCUUCUAGCCUGGGAAGAUGAUCGGCAGAAACUACUGACUUUAGCAGAGCGAUGCAACUUACUAAACAAUGAGCUGAACCAGAGAAAUGAGAUUAUCAAAUCACUGACCCGAAGGUUAAAGUUGUUAGAAUGUCAGGAGAGUGACAGGAAGACAACACUUGAAAGCACACAGCAGAAGUUCAGAGAGCUGUCACAGAAGGUGACAGAUACAGCUGCUCACUGUCAGGAACUGGAGGAGAUAAAUCAAAGUCUUCACUGCUCAGUUUUGGAACUGUCUGCUAAAACAGGCCAGCUACAAGCGAGAGAACAGGAGCUACUUACUAUGCUUAAGCUGAAGGACGAGGCUAUACUUGAAAAACAUGAUCACAUCACUGACUUUACAUCUAAGUUCAAAAAGGUGGAAGGUGCAUUGCAUGCAGCAAGGAUGGAGCAAUUCAGUCUCAACAAAGAAAAGCAAGACCUCAAACUGAGACUAGAAGAACUAGUACUUGAAACAAAUAAGCUGAAAGAUGACCUCUGUGAAAAGGUGAAAGAAAAUCAUAAGCAGCAGGAGGAAAUAAUUCACCUCAAACAGGAAAACGGCUGCUUGAGGAACGAGCUCACAUUUGCUGUUGAGAAGGCAAAGAGACAGGAUCAACUUCUGCAGUUUGCAAAGUCUAAACAAGCACGGACUGACACAGAGCUAUCAAGUCUGCGAAAGAUCUAUGUAAAACAGCAGCGUGACUUGCAGUUUCUUCAUGUCAGUUUGGAGAGCUCUCAGGAAUUCAGGCAAAAGCAUGAAAAGGCAGCACAUGAAAGGAGCAUAGGUAUGGCAUUCUCUGCCCCUGAAAGUAACAGCAAGACAGACACAGCUAGGACUGAGGGAACCCAUGGGAUAUGCGAGGAGUGUGGAACUGCACAAGUUCCAAAAGGCAGCGUGAAACCCACCUCUAAGAUGCGUGAAGUAGAUAAUGGAUUGUUACAGAAUGCAUCAGACAUGGAGGAAACUACCUCAGCAUACUUAAACCAGUGUCCAAAAGUUGUGAAAGUCUUGGCUGACCUUACGGAAGAAGAAAAGCAGGAUGUUGCAUCAAGCUCUGAUGAGCCAGGCAGCCAAGUAUUUUGUGAGGCAAACAACACAGGGCCUUUGAGAAACAAGGAAAUCUCUGAGAAUGAGGUGGAAAUCAGAGACCAACAAACCUUUGAGUCAUCUUCGCCUGAGCAGGAGCAUUGGCUUAAUGUCAGUUCUUGUGUAGAUUUGCAAAGUACUUUUAUCCAGAGCACAGUCACAUCUGCCCAAAGUGUUAAUGAAAAUGAAACCUGGGAAGAGAGAACUGGAAUUCUGUUUUACCAGAAAAGCAGAGAGACUCCUGCUGCAGUGCACAAGCCUGAAUCUGAUUCCAGUACCAAUAAGUUCUUCAUCAAAAAAGAUGCUUUGUGGAAGCCAGUAUCAGAUCCAGAAUGGCUGAAGAUUUUCAAACCCAUAAAAGGAGAUGGAAAUGUAUGGCAUGGAGAAGAUUGCAGCUGUCUCAGGACUGCACAAGAGAUGAAAUAUGCCUGCUCAAAAAGUGGAGAAAACGUGGAUCUGAACUCUUUUCACCUGGAUUCUCCCUGCUUGACAUCCACCCAGAAAGGAGACAGGCCUCAAAGGUGUGACAAGUUCUGUGAUGAGGAAUUCCCUCUGGAGAUCAAUAGCUUUCCAGACACCAGUUCUCCCAUAAGUAAGCUGCAGCAUGUGCUGACUGAGUCCCGACAGAUGGUUGCUGAUCUGGAGCUUAGCACUCUCCUCCAGGCGAGCCCUCACUGCAGUGCAAACAGCAGUGACAUUAACACGACAACAGAACUUGCAGAAGGUCUUCAUGGAACCCAGUUAUCUGCUGCAGAAGAAAGAGAUGCUAAGCUCCCAUUUUCUCUAUGAUGUCCUGCGAGUAUGAAGAUGAAGACCUUUCCAACACAGAAUUAACCUGGAGACCUGGAGAUCACCAACCCAUCAGCGACGGUGGAAAGUUACCUCAUUAUUUUUCCAUGCUCUUUGGAGUGAAAGCCUCCCAAGGAGAUGUGGGGAUAUGUUUUAUCUUGAAAUAAAACACAGACUAACGCCAAGCUCAACAAAACUGUGUUUAUAGCAGAGAGCUCAGGUUAAACACAGGCUGGGUUUGAAGAAUCUCAAGUGCGUAAUUGUUCUAACACAGGAACUAUUUUUCUUACUCUUUUUUUUAUAGUGGCUCAGACAUAUUUAUAGCCUAUGACACAGCCAAAUGUUCCUUUUUUAUAGCUGAUUGUUUUAGCUCUGGACUUGUGGCCACAUAGAGGGAAAUGAAUAAUGUUUAGAGGAAGUUCCCAAUUAGGGCUGUAGCCAGGAACUGCUCCUGUGUGGUUGAAACAGGAGAGUUGUCACCCAUGAGAUGGGCACAGCAACACUUCCAUUGGGCACUGCUUGUUCUGCCAGGAGCUUGUGACAAGAUGAGGUGUGUCCAGUGUGGUGGGACUGGGGUUUUGGCCUUAAACUGGUUUUUAAUCCUUGGCUAUGGGGCAAGAUGUAUUCCUUGACCACAAUAUGAACUUGUUUUAUAACUAAAAGCCAAUGGAGGUGA